AACACCCGAGAAUUGCUCGAGUCCAAGAAGAUUCUGCGGUGGUUCGUCGAGGAAGGGUGUGACAUCAACAGCAAAAAUGAAGAUUUCGUGUACACGCUGUAUGAUAUUUUGCACAAGACGCUUGAUAGAAAAAUUUACUACGAGAUUAUUUACAUAUAUCUGGAGAACAAGUUCGAUCCGAACAAUCCUUACAAUCAGUCAAUUCCAAAUUUAUUGUUUUUCAGUAUACACGAGAGGUACUCUAGGAUCACCAUUGAGCUCAUUCUAAGCUUUGGGGUGGAUAGGUCGACAAAAAAUGACGAAGAAUUGAACGCCCUGGCAUACGCGGCCAAGUUAAAAAACAUGGAGGCACUAGAGUGUCUACUGGAGAACGAUUUGGAGUUCAGCGAGAGUUCAAGUUUAAAGAAUGCGAUCAAACAUUCGGAACUUUGGAGCAGGGAGAGAAACUAUCUCAAGG